CGCUCCUGCACUACUACUACUACUACCAGCGAUAGUGGCCGGCAUCAUCCGUCUCGUCUCUCCUCUCCUCUCCUUUUUCCCCCUCCCUGCACAGCGCCGCUCACCGUCACCGGACCACAGCAGCGAUCGAUGGCUGAGGUACACAAUGAGCGGCCCGUGGGGAUGGUGGGCGACGUCCGGGACGCACCGGUGGGCCGCGAGAACGACCUCGAGGCCAUCGAGCUCGCGCGCUUCGCGGUCGCCGAGCACAACAGCAAGACCAACGCGAUGCUGGAAUUCGAGAGGCUGGUGAAGGUGAGGCACCAGGUCGUGGCCGGGACCCUGCACCACUUCACCGUCGAGGUGAAGGAGGCCGGCGGCGGCGAAAAGAAGCUGUACGAGGCCAAGGUGUGGGAGAAGGCGUGGGAGAACUUCAAGCAGCUGCAGAGCUUCGAGCUCGUCGGAGACGCCGCGGUCGCCUGAGGCGCACAGGCUUUUCGCUGGAGGCUGGAGCACAACAAUGAAAGAAUUUAACUGUCAUCCCACUGGAAAAGUAUGAUAUAAUGAAUAAACCAGCGUCUUACCCACAUGUAUUGUACCCUAAUGAGAUAUUUGACCACUGUAAUAGAAUGAGAUGUGCUAAGGAAUCUGAAAGCCUUCUUGCUUUUU